GGGAAGCUCCCAUUUGGGAGCCACGGUACUACUUUCUGACAGUAUUCUCUGUCCGUCUAAGCCAAGUAACGAUGGAGUGGACAGCUCUAGUGCAAGCGUUAGAGAAGGAUUUGGAUCCAUAUAGCGAAAUCGAUGGAGAUUCCUUGCCCACGUUCAUAGAGAAAGACCCUGGGCUUGAGCAAACCAAGCAACGUACAUGGACAUUGUGCAUCCUACGAUGCCUGCGUAAUUCUUUGGCCAAGCUGAUCGCAGCGUGGCAUGCUUUUGAUACGGAACAGAGCUCGUGUUUUGACCUAGAUCUGCCUGGCGCCCUAGCAGACAAAUUUCGGGAGAAGUUCUCCCUGAUGCGGGGGAAAAUAGCAGAGCUGCGGGCACUGCACAUGACAUUUGAGCAACGGAUUGAGUCCGUUGAGAAGAUGUCCGAUGCCUUGGUAAAUGCAUCGGCACUCUCAGAGAGCAUGACCGCGACACGUCAAGGCAAUAAUAUUGAAAUACUAACUUAUAUUACGAUUAUUUACCUUCCAGUGACACUCAUCACGUCGAGCAAAUCGCCUCUGCCUCUGGGGAAUGCCCGGCCCGACGAGGAGCCCGUUCCUGACUGGCCCAGAACGGCGUUGGGCUGGCCACUGAAAGCCCCGUGGAAACUCUCAUUUAAACUCGUAUCCAACCUCGUUCGCGUCCUUAUCUCCGCUCCACGAGUGCGAAACAAGCUUCCGUGUUGUCGCCAAUCCGGUCAGACCAUCAUGCGAUCAUCGCGGCCCUACUUCGGCCUCUAUCCCACGUCGCUCAUUGACCAGCAGUACGGGCUUGCCGGUCGCAUAGACGCUCGCGCCGAAAUUGCCAAGUGGCCUGGCGAAGUGCUGUCUGUUCUCCACGCGCCCAAAUACGAGGAUUAAAUCUUUCUAGACAAGCAGAUGGAGAACAUCAUUGUCCUGACAGUAUGUAAGAAGACCCAUCGCAGACCGAUUGCGCGCCGAUUGCGCCCCGACGGCGCGC